GUAGCCGUGUAGUAAACCAUACCGGCGCACGCGUCAAUGAUACAACCUUUGAUAAACUUAGAGGUUGUAGCACAAAUUUAAAAAUAAAAUUUUACACUAAAAAAAAUAGAGUUCGAAGUUCCAAAAAGUUUGCACGAAGUCGAACGUUUUCGAAAGGAGCGCGCGAAAGAUUUUGACAGUUUCGUGGUGUUGCCUCUUGAAAAGAUUUUUUUGUGUUUAUUUUUUUUUAACUGCAAUUUUCGGAAUAACACAAAAUGUUCCAAGGAGGCAUAUGGACGAAGCUCCAGGAGUACUAUAAGUGGUACGUCCUCGGUUUGGUAUCGAUCGGCUACAUUCUAGGAGAACUAGGACAUUAUCUUAUAGGUACUACUUCGAAGGUGACCGCAGAUGAUUUGCACUAUGGCGACAAAUCCUGUAUGCUGAAUGCAACACAUCUUAGUCUCAGCCAACUACCGAUUGUCUGUGAAAGUGUUAAUUCUUCAGCAAUAUGCGAAACUCUAACGCUGAACGGGACGAAGUACUGCGAGUGGGGAUACAACGGCUUGGGUAUAGACUACCAAGUGCUGGCUGGUCCCGCCUUCAUGGCUGUCUUUACAGUCGUCGGAGUCAUCCUUGGAGUGGUAGCUGACAAGUAUAAUAGAGCCCGUGUUCUAUCCGUAUGCACGUUGGUAUUCGUCAUAGCGAUACUCCUCAUGGGCACCGUUACUGAGUACUGGCAUCUGGUCAUCCUUCGUAUGAUCAUGGCAGCGGGAGAAUCAGGCUGUAAUCCCCUAGCAACGGGGAUCUUAACUGAUCUGUUCCCUGAACACCAGAGGGCAUUAGUCCUGUCGAUAUUCAACUGGGGUAUUUACGGAGGAUACGGCAUUGCCUUCCCUGUUGGGAGGUACAUCCCUGAUCUGAACGCUUGGGGCUUGAGCUGGCGUCUAUGCUAUUAUGGUGCUGGAGUCAUCGGUCUGAUCAUUGCUUUCUUCACUUUCCUCACACUCCGAGAACCAGAGAGGACAACCAUUGGAGAAGAAGAUGCCGGACAUAGUAAGACAAAUGAUGCUUCGUUGGAGUCAGGCAAGAAGAUGCCACAGGUGACCAUCUGGCACGUCAUUGCACAGCCGAGGAUCCUGCUCCUCUGCAUAGCUGCCUCCAUCAGGCAUUGUGGUGGUAUGUGCUUCGCGUACAACGCCGACUUGUACUACCGUGACUACUUCCCAGACGUAGACCUGGGCUGGUGGCUGUUCGCUGUCACUGUUGGUAUCGGCUCCGUGGGUGUAGUCGCGGGUGGUGUGAUAUCCGACAAGUUUGUAGCGAAGAUGGGUGUUCGGUCCAGAGUGCUGGUGCUGGCGCUGUCGCAGCUCAUCGCUACGCUGCCCGCAUUCGGAUCUGUCGUAUUCGGUCCCCUGUGGGCUAUGAUUACUCUAGCCAUUUCAUACUUUUUUGCGGAGAUGUGGUUCGGCAUCGUGUUCGCUAUCCUGGUGGAGAUAGUGCCGCUAUCAGUUCGCUCCACCACAGUGGGAGUGUUCCUAUUCGUGAUGAACAACGUGGGCGGCAACCUGCCCAUCCUGGUCGAUCCCGUCUCCAAGGCCAUCGGGUACAGGGAGGCCAUCAUGAUCUUCUACGCUGGUUUCUACGGAAUCAGCAGCAUACUGUUUUUCCUGACGAUGUUCCUAAUGGAUGGUCCAAUUGAACCCAAACCUGAAUUGCCGAAGAGCACCGGCAUGGACAACCGAGCCUUCUCACAAGACGAACUCGUGAGGACCGAGAGAAGUCUACCAUCAGCACCAGAUUCUAGUAAACUGUAGAUUGAUUCUACUUUCACUGUAAACAGUUUCCAGACGUGGAUUUUGUAUGAUUUUGUUUAGUUCCUCAAAACUUAGAAUGUGAGUUUAGGAGAUUAAUCUUUUUUAUAAAUGAGUACAAAUAGUUCUCCACAGAACAAAGAAUUAAAAAGACAGAGUUAAAUACUGCAAACAGUGUGACGACAGCACUAUUAUAUAAUAAUUUUAGCAGAAGCAACACAAAGAACCAUCUAGGUUAUAGAAGAUCUUAUUGUAGACUUAAAGUUAUGUUGAAAUAGCUAACAAUGUUAAAAAAUCUAUGGAGGGUAGUAAGACAAUGAAUAUGGUAAAAGUAAAAGAACUGUCAAAACGAGAAUCUAUAUCUAAUGAUAGUUAAAGUAUAACACAGGUCCUAACAUAGAUCCCUUAGGUACUUGUUAUUACGAUUAUUGGCAAAGAUUGCAAAGAAUCAACGAAAGAUUUACGUAGUUUUGUUAUAGUUAUCCUAGAUUCUUAAGAGGACCACGUUUUCAAAAUAUGAUAUUAAUAAUAAUCUCAUAUCUAUAUUAAAUUCCAGAUCCAGCCGUUAAAUUUAAACAUAAAUAUUUGUAUGUGUGUAAAUAUGAUGCAAGAUAUUGGUAUUUUUAUAUAAAUUUUUCAAUAAUUCGACUCAAUUACUCAAAAAUUAAUCAAAAUAAUGUUAUUUUAACUUGUUUUUUUUUUAUUUAAUACGAAUAUGUCGAUGAAUGUAAAAUAUGUACUAGAUAAAUAUCAUUAUUGAAGCCUUGAAAAUAUAAAGGAUUGAUUAAUAGCGUGUUCAGUAUAAAAAAAUCAUCAAACCAAACUUAAAAUUCCUAUAAUACAAUGCUCAUUUAUCAAGUUUGUUUAGAUGAAACAUCACUACAUUUAAACCGAUAACAGAUGGGGCUCAUACCGCAAUUAAAUCUUGAAAUUUUUUAAUGAAUAAAAAUGCAUGAUUUUAUAGUAUAAAUUUAAAUUAUCAUCAGGUUGAUACGGGCCUGAUUAUAAUUGAAAUUAAAUAUAAUCAAAAACCGCUACUGGACGCGGGCAGCGCUGGACCGAUUGUCGUUAAGAUCUAUCAGGGAGGCCUAUGCUGAGCAGCGGGCGUCUUACAGCUGAUCAUGUUUUGUCAGAUUAUGCAAAUCUGUUAAACUUCACUUGAUUUUAAACCUUAAUGUAUUCGUAUGCGUGGUCACAUGUCGAGUGUACAUACGUGGACACCUUAUCAUAAGAAGCCAUCUGUUGAUAUUGAGCUAUUAUCAUCAUGGCUUUUACUAUACAGUUAAAAUGUGGGUACUUAUUGAGGAAUGUAGUUAACAUUGUGAUAAAUGAUUUUGUAAAUAUUUAUUAUGUAAUUAAGUCUUAUUGUAAAUAAAAAGUUGAAUAC